UGUUUGUCAAAAUUUUGUAUAAAUUGUCCUUCAGAUGAACGAUGGGUAUCACUCAUCUUUUCGAUAUCAUUGGAUCUACUACAGCUUCAACAGCAGUUCAAAAAAUAAAUAUCUAAAAUGGCCGCCACAGAAUUUACUGAACAACAACUUGAAGAUAUCAAAGAAUGCAUCGAACUCUUCGACAAAGAUGGAGACAACAAAAUUUACUUUUACCAAGUAGGCGAUGUUGUUCGCGCCCUCGGUGAAUGUCCGACCAAUGAAGAUGUCGAGAAAUUCAUGGGAAACCCCAGCAAAGAAGAAUUGAAGGCUAAAAAGUUGUGUCUUGAAGAAUUCCUUCCAAUUUAUGGUCAAAUUAUGCAAGGAUCAGUGAAGGGAACCAUAGAAGAUUUCGUAGAAGGUUUGAGAGUUUUUGACAAAGAUGGCAACGGUACCGUCAUGGGAGCAGAAAUUAGACACGUCCUCACUACUUUAGGAGAAAAAUUGUCAUCUGCAGAAGUUUCCCAAGUUAUGAAAGGCCAAGAAGAUAGCAGUGGAAGUCUCAAUUACGAAGGAUUCAGCAAGUUCUUGAUAGAAGUUCCUGCUUCAGCAAUAUAAAUUCACUCGUCCAAGUCGCCAAAUUGAAUUGAAAAUACGAGCUAUUGGGUUUUGCAUGUUUGUAUGUCUAUCUGCUCAAUUUUUCUUUUUUUCCCAUCUCUUAUGAUUAUCAUGGCUCCAUACAGUUUAUUGCAUUUUAUUUUGUUAUUCAACAAACUUUUCUCCAAAGAAACUUGUCCUCCUUUCAUUACGUUUCUCUCUCUCUCUCUCACCUCUCUCUCUCCACAAGUAUUUUCAGAUUUGCCAAAGAUUUUAACCUCCUUUUUCGCUUUCUCUUUACCCUCUCUUCAAUUUUCUCUUACUUUUGCCUCAUUCUCUUUCUUACAUCACAUUGAAAACACGAGCCAUUGGUUUUGCAUGUUUCAAUAAUUACGGACUUCUCAAAUUUUCUUCUUUUGACUUUCUCUUGCGAUCAUUCUCAUUUCUCUUUAUUCUCUCUAAUAAAACUUCUAAUUCUGUUCGAUAUAUUCCGUUUAUUGGGUAGUAAUUUGAUUAUUAAAAAUUUUCUCCGCAAGGAUUUCCUGAUUUCCAAAGAAUUCUGACCUCCCUUUUUCGCUUCCUCUUUUCUUGCUCUCAAAUUUUCUCUUACUUUUGCUUCAUUCUCUCUCUUACAUCACGUUGAAGAUCCGAGCCAUUGGUUUUGCAUGUUUCAAUAAUGACGAACUUUGUUUCAAAUUUUCUCAUUUUGUCUAUCUGUUGCGAUCAUUUUCACCUCCACUAUUUUUCUCUAAUAAAACCUUUAAUCUUAAUCUAAAAUAUUACGUUUAUUAAAAUUAUUUCGUAAUAUACGUUUUCUCGAUAAGGAUUUGCAAAACAACCUGACAUCCUCUAUUUGUUAUCUUUUUUAUUUCUCUCUGAUUCUCUCUUCCCUUCUCUCUCUCUCUCUCCCCUUUCUCACCACCUGUCAAUGGCUACUCUAUAUAAUUUUUACUUUUUAUGUAUGACUGUUUUGUUAAAUAAAUACUAAAUGCUCGAA